CUACAAGUCGGCCUGGGUAAGGAGUAUGAUUCUACGUAGACUUCUACAAGUAUCAGAAAGGCCCCGAUGCAAAAGCCAAACAUAUUACAUUCCUGCUUGCGCACAAACCCGAAGUCAAGAUGCCACCUACAUUGCCCACCCGCAAACUCGGAAAGAAUGGACCCCAAGUUCCGGCUCUUGGAUUCGGACUGAUGGGUUUAUCGUUAGCUUAUGGAAAAGCUGAACCAGACGAGGCACGCUUCAAAGUUCUUGAUCGUGCCUUCGAACUGGGCGAAAAUUUCUGGGAUUCCUCGGAUGUCUAUGGAGAUAGCGAAGAGCUCGUAGGAAGAUGGUUUGCAAAGAAUCCAGACAAGCGCAAGGAUGUCUUUUUGGCCACAAAGUUUGCUUUUAUGCACCUAGGGGAUAAGCCAGGACCAAUGAUCGAUUCGAGUCCCAACUAUGUGAAAGAAGCCUGUAACAAGAGUCUGAAACGACUUGGCGUGGAUACGAUUGAUUUGUAUUACUGCCACAGGGUUGACGGGAAGACACCAAUUGAGCUGACCGUUCAGGCCAUGGCCGAGCUCAAGAAGGAGGGAAAGAUUAAUUAUCUCGGACUUAGCGAGAUUUCUUCGGAGACACUUCGUCGAGCCAACAAGGUCGCCCACAUCGAUGCCGUGCAGAUCGAAUACUCACCUUUCAGCACCGACAUUGAGCGCCCCGAAAUUGAUCUGUUGAGGACUUGUCGUGAACUCGGAGUCGCAAUCGUUACGUAUUCUCCUCUUGGCCGUGGAAUGCUCAGCGAUGCCUACAAGUCACCAGCCGAUUUCGAAGAGGGCGACUUCCGUUCCUACGCUCCUCACUUCUCCCCUGAAAACUUCAAACAGAACCUUAAGCUUGUCAAGGGCAUGGAAGCUCUUGCUAAGACAAAGAAUACAACUCCUGGUCAGCUAACUCUAGUCCCGUAUACGGAUUACGGGAAAUACUAUUGCCUACACUGGCUAACUCUGGCGUGGCUACUAGCUCAGGGGGAUGAUAUCUUUCCUAUUCCGGGCACCAAGAAGAUCAGGUACUUGGAAGAGAAUUUGGGUGCUCUGAAGUUGGAGCUAAGUAAGGAAGAGGAGGCUGAGAUCAGAGAACUGGUCGAUGCUGCCGAGGUCCACGGUGAGCGAUAUCCUGAUGGUAUGAAAGAUCAAUGCUUUGCAGAUACACCUGCGUUAAAUGCAUAG